AUGUCUGCGACUGCGUUCGCACCUACUGGAGAAGAGGUUAUCACUCGCGCUAUCGAGGUGAAGCCGGAGACAAGCACACCUGAUUAUCGGUCUGCCGACGAAUUCAGAGAAUAUUACGAGAUCCCAAGAACUGCGACUGAAAUAAUUCAAGGAUCUUUCAAAAGGAUAGCCCUGCAAUUCCCCGACGAGCUCUUGCACGACUCGGUACCUAUAUAUCGCCACUUGAAGUCAGACCUGGAAGCAGCUGCAGGAAGCGAGGCGGCUCCAGAGCUCUACGUCCUGGCUGACACGUCCUAUGGCAGGUUCGAUUCCUUGGACAAUGAAGUAGCCGCCCAACACGUAGAUGCUGAUCUGAUCGUCCACCAUGGUCAUGCUUGCAUGAGCAAGACAUACCGGAUGCCCGUGAUAUACGUGUUCGGGAAGAAAACUCUGGAUGUUGAGGAUUGCGUCUCAAAGCUAGCGGAAUGCAUAAGUUCUAAAGAUCAACCAAAGAGAGUGGUCCUCAGGCAUGACGUAGCAUACUCACACGUCGCAGGUCAUGUUAUCAAUAGGCUGAGAGGCGCCCUUCCUGGCGUCACCAUUGAGUACUCUCGAAUACCCUUAAGACUCGAUCCAUCGCCGCAUAAACCCAAUGCUGUCGCUCCCUCGAGCGAAGCAACCCUCGCAAACACUGAGGACGGUGAUGGCGCAGAUGCAUUUGACCAGGACAAUAAUCCUCUUAUUCUCUACAUUGGAGGCGAGAGUCUCGGCUUGACGAAUCUACUCAUGACCCAUGCAUCAUCAGAGGUAUACUCUUAUAAUCCGGAAACUCGCUCAACACGCCUCGAGUCCGGGCGGGCGAACAGGCUGCUCAUGAGACGGUACGCCACCGUGCAGAAGGCACGAGAUGCGGAUGUCUUUGGUAUCCUAGUCGGGACUCUCGGAGUUGCCUCGUAUCUGCCCCUCAUAUCGCACCUGCGCUCGCUCUUGUCUCGGUCGCGGAAGAAGAGCUACACCAUCAGUGUAGGGAAGCUCAACCCAGCCAAGCUCGCGAAUUUCAUGGAGAUCGAGUGUUUUGUGCUCGUGGCGUGCCCAGAGAACAGCUUGAUUGAAUCGAAGGAAUUCAUGAAACCCAUCGUAACACCAUUCGAGCUCGAGAUCGCGCUCAAGUCAGAGCAGAGCUGGACAGGGAAGUACGUGCUCGAUUUCGAGCGGCUUUUGGCAGAACACGACAACGAAGUCCCGGAAGAAACUGCUGAUCAGCGAGAAGACGAUAGCGAAGACCCCGACCAGCCGAUCUUUUCUACCAUCACGGGCAAGUACCGGACCGCACGACGGUUCGGUGGUGCAGAUGCGGAUUCUCCACAGGUAGAGGGCGGGACCCCCUCUGCCGUCGUUCUGCGCAACCAGGAUAACACUGUAGCGACUCUCUCGGACAGUGCAGCAGCCGAGUUCCUACAGUCUCGUUCCUUCCGCGGCCUCGAGACAAGACUGGGGGAGGACGCCCCAAGUGUGCUCGAGCAGGGACGGAGCGGCAUUGCUAGAGGAUACGCGAACGAUAAAGCGGAGUAA